UCUUUUGCCCUUCUGAUUGUUGAGCCGAGUUAACAGCUACUUGCUGAUACAUCUCCAACACCUGCAUGAUGAUGUGUCUGUACUGGGUAUUUCUUUGUUGCCUUCUGCCGUUUACAGUACAAACAAGGAAGCCUGCAGAUUUCCUGAAGAGUUAUAUUAUUGGAGGACGGGAAGCUAUCCCUCACAGCAAGCCCUACAUGGCUUCUCUUACUGUAGAGACCCAGGAUAAGGUAUUUUCUUGUGGUGGGUUUUUGGUUGCACCUGACUGGGUGAUGUCAGCGGCUCACUGCUGGAAGAAAAACAGCAUCAUAACUGUUCUGCUAGGUGCUCAUAAUACAGAAAAAUGGGAGGCAUCUCAUCAAACCUUUCAGAUUCAACAGCAUUAUAUACACCCAGAGUAUGACAUCACAAUUAGUGCUGAAAAUGACAUCAUGCUACUGAAGCUUCCAAGAAAAGCAACUCUGAACCAUUUUGUGCAGAUAAUUAAACUUCCAUUAUCCUGUUCAGAAGUAGAGACCGGAGAAAUGUGCAAUGUUGCUGGCUGGGGUUACAUUGAUGAUGGUUCCGCUCCUGAUACAAUGUAUGAGGUCAAUGUUACUAUCGUGAGCAGGGACUAUUGUGUGAGAUACUAUCAGAAAGAUGAAAUAAAAGAAAGUAUGAUCUGUGCUGGAUUUCAUAUAGAUGGAAAGGAUUCUGCCGGGGGUGAUUCUGGUGGCCCGCUAGUCUGCAAUGGUAUCGCACAAGGAAUUGUGUCUUUUGGCAAUAAGUACCCGCCUGGGGUUUAUACACGUGUUUCAUCAUUUAUCCCAUGGAUCAGUAAAAUUCUGAACAAAUCCAAUGAUUAAAGCCUGUUUGCUCAGUUAAAGGGCAGCAAUUUGCAAAGCUUAUUACUAUGCUGGAGUAUGUAUUUUCCCUGCUAGGCAUUUUGUUUUCUGCUUUUGACAGUAAUAAAAGUAAUAAUACUAGUACCAAUAA